UCGCAAGUCGCAACAGUUCUUAGUAUAACAAAAGUCCAAAUCUUUUCCCCUUUAAUUACCCCUUUAAUCAAUUCUACUAAUCCUUCUUUUUCUCCCACCUCUCUUUGUCUUUCUUUUAAGAGAGACAAACUUAAGAAAACGAGUUUUACCCAAUUUGAACUCCUACUACUACUCCUACUUCUUACUUGUACUAAAAUUGUAAAAAAUUGUGCAAAAUUCUAAGUGAAAAAAAUGAUGGAUCCACAGCAAAUUCCACCUCCAUUACAAACCCAUGAGAAUGGUAAUUGUAAUGGAAAUGGGAUGAUUAAUAAUGGUGGAAUUGGUGGAAAUGAGAGUCAUAAUUUGGGGAUCAAUGGAGUUUUGUAUGUGAAAGUGAUGACUGAUGAACAACUUGAAAUUCUUCGCACACAAAUUGCGGUUUAUGCUACCAUUUGUGAGCAACUUGUUGAGAUGCAUAAAGCCGUUACUGCACAACAAGAUCUUGCUGGAGUUAGGCUAGGGAACUUUUACUGUGAUCCAUUGAUCACAGCAGUGGGGCACAAAAUUACUGCUAGGCAACGAUGGACUCCAACACCAGUGCAGCUUCAGAUCCUCGAGCGCAUCUUUGAUCAAGGCACGGGAACUCCAAGCAAACAGAAGAUCAAAGAUAUAACUGCUGAAUUGUCUCAGCAUGGGCAAAUCUCUGAAACAAAUGUCUAUAAUUGGUUCCAAAACAGGCGUGCUAGAUCAAAAAGAAAGCAGCUAAACAAUAAUGCUCAAAAUGGUGAAUCAGAAGUAGAGACAGAUGUAGAAUCACCCCAAGACAAAAAGACAAAGCCUGAGACUUUCCAGUCUCAGCCUAACUCUAUGAUGAGGGUUGAAGAUCCUUGCCUCCAGAAUCAGGAGAUAAGCUCUAGUAUGCACACAAUUGAUUCUCAGUGUGGUAAAAGGGAUCCUGUGUUUGCUUCUGAUGGCAGUUCAAAAUCUACCCAAAGUCUCAGCCAACUAGCUUUCUAUGAAAGCAUCUUGCAGAACCCAAGAAUAGAUGACUUGAUCGGGAAGAUGGAAGUACCCGGAAGCUAUAACGCAUACCAGCCAGAUGAAGACUACAGCAUGACUGGCUGACCUCUAUGCAUUGUUUGCUAUUAUCUUAUUGUCCUUCUUACAUGAGAAACCCAUGUCUGCUAUUUAAAGCCAAGCCGGGUCUCACACUGAGAUUUCUGAGCUAGGUAGCAGUUAUGCUCGCCAGAAAGAACCCGGAAUCUUUCGAGCAAUCCCCUAAUAGUUCAGUUGCUUUUCAAAAGCUGGUAAUAGUACAGCUAAUCAAACUUGUGUGUGUUUUCUGUGAAAAUGUUGAUGUUUUAAUGGUUUUAACUUUUAUGUUCUGUCUUUGAAGUUUGAUUCUUCGAAAGUGGAGGAAUCAUUGCCAUGACAUUAACCGUUGUUUUGGUUAUUAUUUACCUUCCACUGGCUGCAGACUUGGAGAGGGGUGUUUUUCUGCAAUGGUUUUACAUCGUCUGUUCAUAAAUCA